AGUGUCUAUUGUUUUGUUAUUUCCAAUGGAAUAUGUUUUUGUUAAAUGCGUUUGAACUAUAUUACAGUAACUAUGCUUAAUAGCGCGGCCUUAAAACCCAGAGAUUGGAUUAAAGUCUCUGUAAAGCAUAGGGAGAAGUUUGAACGGCUUUUAGAAGUGCGGGAAAGUGAUCCUGAAUCGAUAACAACAGUAAAUGAUAAUGACGUUUGUUUCAAAAAAGAGUUCGCAAUAGGCAAUGGCAGUUACGGCACAGAGGUGUAUAUUUGCUUGGGGUCUGACGGGGUAGAACGAGCAAUAAAACGUUUGCCCAAACUCAUGUGUAAGAAAUUCUUGAAGAAUGAACGAGAUAUCUUGAAUUCUCCGAAUGCAGUCGACUCGCCACGAAUUGUAAAUUAUUGUUUCUACGAUGACACUUCCAACCCUGAUUUCGGUUAUUUGAUUCUGAACUUGUAUGAACAGAAUCUUGAAGAAUUUAUCAGGGAAGAAGGCGAAAGCUUGACAGAAUCCCGUGUUCGAAAAAUGAUACGCCAAGUGUUGGAAGGGUUGAAAGCAUUACAUGCUAGAGAGCCAAGAAUUCUGCACAGAGAUUUGAAGCCAACUAAUAUACUUGUUGAUGUGUAUGGUAAUUUACUGCUGUCUGAUUUUGGUAUUGGACGCUUUUUCCCAGAACAAGGUAUUUUCACAAGAUAUAUAUUUAACAGAUCUAUUGAAAUAUACAACCCCCCAAUAAGUUAGUGCUCAACAGAACUGCCUUGUUCUUUAAAAAUCUUGUCUAUUUUUGAUGCAUCGGGAUAGUCCAAUUCAUAAAUUAAAGUUGUCUUGGAAAAAUACAACAGGAUUUAUUAAUUAACGAGCAUUUCAAUACAGUGCUAAUUUGUUGGAGGUCGUAUGUUGCAUUUCAGCCAACCCCUCAUGUUGUCCCAGGAAAUAUGCAGUGGCGGCGGCAAAUGUGGAAAAUGCCCCCCAAAUUAUUUUCUCCCCCCCCAUUUUGCCUCCCCUCAAAAAAAAUUAUUAGUCACUGAUAGCGACUAAAGGCUACACAAACAUUUUGUCGUUAUCGGAAAAUGUAUGGCUCAUAAGACCGUUUACACUGUACCGGAUGAAUUUGGGACCGGUCUGAAAUUUGUCCUUUUUCGCUUGUUUACACGUGAAUUCCUCCUGUUAGGGAGUCUCAAAUUUGUCCGGUUCCGUAGUUCUCAUGUGUUUACACAGCCAAAUUUCAAACCGGUCCCAAAUUUGUCCGGUACCGUGUAAACAGGGUCUAAGUUGUAAUUACUCAUUAGUGAAUGCGCAUAUACAUGAAACUGCUUUUACAGUUUCAAUAUUAGUUUGUAAAUCUCUGAAUGGUAAAACUUGCCAAUACUCCAAUAAUACGUUUCAAAAAAGAAAAAAAAGCUUUAGUUUCAAAUGCAGAGUUAAAUUCUCAAACGUGUAAGGCACUAAUAAGAUGAAAGUAUCAUGAAAUUAUUUGAAUAAACCAUGUCGCAUAUAUGGGGGGUGAAUAUCCUAAAGGGGGCGAUAUUCCUAGUGUAUUCGCUGCCUGGGGGCGAUAUUCCUAGGAUAUUUGCCCCCCUUUUGAGAGGGGGGCGAAUCUCCUGGGGGGGGGGGGAAGUCCUGGGACAAUGGCAUGGGCAAAUAGCAGGACCUUUUUAAAAAUUCUAUCUUGCCCCCCCCCCCAAAUAUGAGUUUGCCCCUCAAAUGCCCCCCCCCCAAAUUCUGAAGCCUGGUGCUGCCACUUUAAAUAUGUCCCCAGGACAGAGUACAGAGUUCCAAAUGGACCAUUCCAGAAAACAUCCAUACCACCCCCACUGAGGAAAUUGGAAGUUAACCCCCCUACCUCCUUUGGAUGUCCUAGCCUAAUACACUUACUAUUAUCAGAAACAAUUUUUAUAGGGGGGUCUGGAAAAUGUUUGAAAUUUGAAGGCAUGAAAUGCCAUUUCCUGUAUUCUGAGCAUCCAAAUUUGCUCUAAAAUUUAUGCUAACUAUACUUGGAAAAACGCACAAAAAAUUUAAAAAAUAUUAACAAUGAUUUAUUAUUAAUUAAUUGGUGUUAGAAAAACGCAGGAUGAACAUGCAAUGACACAGCUUGUUUAAAUCCAUUUGUUAAACAAGGACAAAGGAUAAAACCUAAAACUUAUUUUCCAUUUAUCUAUUUGUUAUUCUUCAUUGGUUUGUUUGUAUAAAUUUAGGAAAAAUGGACUUUUCCUUGGGGGGGGGGAGGGGCAAGGGGGGACUGGGGGCAUUUAAAAAAGGCCCUGUAGUGUCCACCAUAAUGGCAUGAAGAGGCAGGUAUUAUACAGAUUUAGAUCGAGGACGCGGACGUCAAAGACGACGUGAAAAUGGCGUCAAAAUGGUGUGGCAUAUCCAUACAUGGGCACAACACGCUAUUUCCACGUCGUCUUUGACGUCCACGUCCUCGAUCUAAAUCUGUCUAUUAUAGUUUUGGUAUGGUUAAUUCAUUAAUGGGCGAAACUCUCUCUUUGACAAGUAAAAUAUUCAUCUGAGACUGUCAAGGAAAGCGAAACACUAAAAGAUAGAGAAUUGUUGUUAAAUGUGUCAAUUUUACUUCUUUACAGGUGCAACAACAUACCAUACCAGUAACGAAAGUGGAUCACAUGGCUGGGUCGCAUAUGAAUGCAUUGACUGGGAUGAAUUGUUUUCUGAUAAGAUGCAGAACCCUUUAGAUACACCAUUACAACUCAGGUGCAAAGAGAAAUCAGAUAUCCAAGUCGCAGGCAUGUUAUCAUUUUACAUCUUGGCCAAAGGAAAGCAUCCGUUUGGUCCGAAAAUAGCCCAACUGAUGAAUUUGCACGACGACAAUCCAGUGGAUUUAAGAGAGCUCACUGAUCCUGACCCUGUGCUCACAGACCUGCUUUCUCAGAUGUUGGCUCGGGAUUUAGAGAAACGACCAUAUGUGGAGCAAGCCUUGAAGCAUCCUUACUUUCUCUCUCUCGAAGAGCAGAUGAAAUUUGUAGCAGCUGUGGGCAACCAAACUAAAUUAAAGAAACCCCACAAUGUCGUUCCCCAACAGCUGAACAACCGUCAUCCAUCCAAACCUCGAAGUUCGUUGUUACCAAUGGAUUGGAAAACAGUGAUUGGCCAUGAUGACCUCAAGACGUUGUGUAAAGGAGGUCAAAACACCCCAUCAGACUUUGUUAGUAGCAAUUAUACAAGUUGCCUUCGAUUGAUACGAAACACAUUUCAGCAUCGGGAUGGCAAACUGCGUCAAUUGAAAAAUAAGACUGACGAUACGUCUUCUGUCGAGGAAUAUUUUUUUCAGUUAUUUCCACAUCUCCCGUUUGUUCUUCAUCAAAUAAUCCGAGAGAAUCCGGACUGGAAAACACUACCUGCCUUGAAGGAAUUUUUUCCUGUGAUAAACCGUCGUGUGGUGUCUGAUGGAGAAUAAGGCAUACACAAUGAGACAAUGUGUCAGGUUGGCAUAUUUUAUUAUAAUGGUUUUCAGUGUUCCUACAGUAUACCAUAAUGGUUUCAUUUCAGCCCAUUAUGGCAACAUUUUCGGUUGACUGGUUAUUGGAUUAUUAACCACCAUCUUGAACCUUAUUGUUGUAUUAAUAAUUAUCACAUGUUGUGUCAAUCAAGUGUUCCAGAAAUAAUAUUAUUUUUGGGUUUUUUAAGACCAAUAUGUAAAAUGCAUUUGUUUAUUAUUUUAUAGAUUCGUCAAGGCCACUGUGUUUAAGCGCUCGUUCCAGGGAAAGCAGUGCUCUAUCAUGGCGUUAUUGGCAAUUUAAACAACAUGAAAUAAGAUGGAAAAUAUUCUGUAUAUACAAAAAAAAGAUUUCACAAUUGUCAGUGUUCAGUAAUAUGCAACUAGUGAGAGUGCUACAUGCAAUGUAUAAAGUGAAAAUUUAGGCUAAAAGGAGUUUAAUAAUUUUAGCUUUAUUAUUAAGUUAGUGUUAGUGUUAGUGAUAAUAUCUUAGUUUGCACAAUACAGAAUCUUGUAAAGAAUAUAUAUUAAUCAUAAUUUAGGGACUGAUAGGUUUCAAAACAAUUUCAUUUAAAUACAACAGUCUCAAUUAUCAUGGUAAUUUAGUUAAUUUUAAUUUGCACCAAAAAGGA